AUGAUUAUAUACGGAGUUUAUAUUGUUAGUAAAUCUGGUGGUCUAAUAUUUAAUUUGGAUAACAACGUACCGCGUAUUGAACAUGAAAAAACAUUCACAUAUCCUUUAGAUAUUAUUUUGGAUUAUAGUCCCAAAAAAGUUUCUGUGGUCUUCAAUCGUAAAGAUGGUAUUAAUGUCGGCCAUAUACUGGUAGCUGUAAAUGGCAUGGCGGUGAAUGGUGCCACUUUAGAAGAUGGCCGUGAUGUGAAAACUCUUUUGGAAACUGCAAAUAAUUAUCCGUUAAAUUUAAAAUUCGGUCGUCCUAAAAUGACCACCAAUGAAAAGAUAUUCUUAGCGAGUAUGUUUUAUCCGUUGUUUGCCAUUGCAAGUCAACUAAGUCCCGAGAAUAAGAGUUCGGGAAUAGAAUUGCUUGAAACAGAUACCUUUACGUUGCAUUGUUUUCAAACAUUAACUGGCGUCAAAUUUAUAGUAGUUAGUGAAACUGGGUUGGUUGGCAUGGACAUUUUGUUACGGAAAAUCUACGAACUUUACUCGGACUAUGCUCUUAAAAAUCCAUUUUACUCAUUAGAAAUGCCAAUACGUUGCGAACUUUUUGAUAGUAAAUUACAACUUUUGUUGGAUAUGAUAGAAAAAACCGGAAUAAAUAAUUUAGAUAAAUAGAUUGCAAA